GCACGUCCUUCGAUGCCCAAACGAACAACGCCGACCCAAUCCGACCUAAGAGACGACGGUGCAUGCAGACCAGCGGUGCGUCCAGCACCCACUGUGAAGAACAUCGCAUGAGGAGUGUCAAACAUGCGGGCACACAGCGAUGGCGGCGACGACGAUGGUGGUCGCGGUGACGAUGCCGACGAACGAUUCACAGAGGACGUGGAAGCAGGGGAUGCCAACGACGACAUUCCUAUUCGGCCUUUGGGGAAGACGGGUGUGAGGGGGAGAGGACGCAACGGAGGUGUUGUUCGUGGUCGAUCCGUUGGCCGUAGGGGCAGAGGUGGCGUCAGCGACGACGGCGGGAAGUCUGCGACGUACUGGUCUCCGGAAGAGCAAAUGCAACUGGUGAGAUGCAAGCGGGAGCAAGAGAUGCACCUCGCCGGGCUGGGUCACAAUUACGGGCGGAUGCGGACCAAGGAGUGGAAGUGGGACGACAUUGCGAAGCGCAUGGCGAACGCGGGGAGGCCUAAAGACGCGGACGACUACAUGAAUAAGUGGGACAAUCUCUUCCAAAACUACAAGAAGAUACAGAGGUUUCAGAAUGCGAGUGGCCGGCCAGAUUUCUUUGGGCUGUCGAAUGAAGAAAGGAAGGACCACAACUUCAAGUUCCGGAUGGAGAGGGCGUUGUACAACGAGAUCCACGCAGGCAUGCUGGGCAACCACACAAUUUUCCCUCCCAACGUCGCUGACACCGGAAGUCCGGACGAGGUGGAGCUGCCCAGGCGAGGAGCGGGUGCUGGGGAUUCUGUUGGUAGUGAGGCCACUCGUGAAGGCUUCCCUGAAGAACGUUCUUCUACGAGGGACGCAACCAGCUGGGCUGGAGGCGGGAAGCGGAAGAAUGCGUGUCGACAGGCAUUGGAGUCGAUUGCUGAUGUCAUGGACCGCCAUGACGAACUGAUGUCGUCGACGAUCGAAUCGUCUAGCAAGCGGCAAUGCAGCAUAUUCACGAGGCAAUGCGACAUACUCGAGCAGGAAGUUGCAGUCCAGAAAGCGCACUAUGUGGCGUCCGAUGAGAUGCAGAGGACGAUGUGUCACGCACUUAUGGAGAUAGUUGCCGCCAUCCGUGGUCGGAUCGUCGUCCUUUUGUCUACCACGUGCACGUCGUCGUCUGCUUCCCACGGAGGACAGAUCUUCUGCGUCGAGGGGGUAUCCGUCGUCGUCACACCACAGCAGCACGAGAGACAUAUUUAUCGCCAGAUCGACAACACUUCAAACAGCGGUCGGCGAAGCACUUCCCGAAUCCCGCUCAUCCGAUCACACCGCCAAGCUCGCCUGCAGAGGUCGCAUCGAAGCAUGUCUACGCGAGGGAACACCUGUGGGAAGAAGCGCGGUGUAGUCCCUAACAACAGCCAAGGGCAGGGAAGAGGUCGGCGGCAUGCCCUGAAAGUGAAGAGGGUGCAUUGGGAAGAUGCAUCGGCAAGGGUGCCUCGUCGUGGAGCUCAAGGUUGGGCAAGAGCAGUGGAAGGGGACUACGACGAAGAGUUCACGAUGGCGGAGGAGCAGGCAGAGGCGAUCACGUCUGCAGUACGAGAGAGUGGUCGGCAACGCUCUUUUGAUCAGAGCGCUUGGAAGAGGAUGCUGACCCCUCCACCCGAGGCGCAGCAGUUGCGUGCCCGCGAAAUGCGGACAGAGAAGGUUGUCGUCGUCGAUCUUGGCGGCGAGGAUGACGAGCCCUUGGAUAGACGUCGCAUGCGCACUCGUACAACGGCGACCCCACCGCCAAUGGUGACGACACACGCUGCUGUAAACGAAAGGCCAGUCUCGGGUAGGCUGCCCGCCACGCCGUCUCAGCCACGUUAGUGCAACAAGGGUGGUGACGGAGGGUCCGUCCAACGCGGCGGCUGGGGGGAAGUCAUGGCAGACACGCGCGCUGUUGGGGCCGAA